CUAAAUUCAAGCUUUAAUCUUAUAUGGAGUAAGCUUGCCUUAUCUUCAGAAAUGUCAAAAACCCUAAAUUCAAAGCUUUAAUCUUCACUCUUCUAGCAAAAUUCGGGGCCCCGGCAACCAUGCUACUCCAAGCCCCCGCCACCGCUACCUCGAAAGCUCCGCUCUUCCGCCACCGCCAACACGGCGGCCUGUCGUCCUCCUUCUUCCAUUCUCUCUCAUUUCCGUCUAGGUUUUCAAGCUCAAUACUACCUAAGCCCCUGACCACCGCCUCUGUUGCUAUCACCUGCGCUUUGAGAUCGAAACCCCGCGGCCGUGGCACAGUGGACUACGAGAGGAGGCAGAGGGGGCGGUGGCUUGACAUUUACAGGAGAUUUUCCUCGGUGCCCGACCCGGAAACGGGCGCUGCUAGUGUGUUGAACCAGUACGAGAAUGAGGGCAAGAAGAUUUCAAAAUUUGGUCUCUCUCGUGUCAUUAAGGAAUUGCGCAAGUUCAGGAGUUACAAGCUCGCUCUUGGGGUCUACGAGUGGAUGGAGAAUAGACCGGAGAGGUUUUGGAUGACCACGAGUGACAUUGCUAUUAAACUAGAUCUGAUUUCCAAGGUGCAUGGGAUUUCUAGUGCUGAAACCUACUUCCAGAAGUUGAGCGAUUCCUUGAAGGACAGACGGGUAUAUGGUUCGCUUUUGAAUGCAUAUGUCCAUGGUAGUAUGAAGGAAAAAGCCGAAGCUUUGUUUGGUAAGAUGAGAGAACAAGGUUUUAUGACUCAGGCACUUUCAUGGAAUGUUAUGAUGAGCCUUUACAUGAAUUUCAAAGAUUAUGGCAAGGUGGAUGCAAUAGUCUCGGAAAUGAUGGCGAAAAAUGUUCCGCUAGACAUGUAUUCCUAUAAUAUCUGGAUAUUAUCGCUUGGAUCCCAAGGUGCCCUGGAAAAGAUGGAGCAAGCAUUCGAGCAAAUGAAGCUUGACACAACCAUCACUCUCGGCUGGACUACUUUCAGUACGAUGGCUACAAUAUACAUUAAGGAAGGGCAGUUACAGAAAGCUGACGAGUGCUUGAAACAGAUAGAGAGGAGAUUCCAAGAUCAGGGUCGUCUUCCUUACCAUUAUAUCAUCGGUCUUUAUGGUAACGUUGGUAGAAAGGAAGAGGUACACCGUAUUUGGGAUGUUUACAAAUCAAAAUUUCUUAAUAUUCCGAAUGUUGGUUACCGUGGUGUAAUUUCUUCCCUGGUGAGGUCGGGCGAUAUUGAAGGCGCCGAAAGUAUUUUUGACGAAUGGCUAUCGAAAACCUCAAUGUAUGACCCUCGGAUUGGAAAUAUUCUUUUGGAAUGGUACGUGAGGAGCGGGCUCACAGAGAAAGCUGGGGCAUUUUUUAACAAAAUUGUCGAAGCUGGAGUGCAGCCAAACUCGAGGACAUUGGAGAUUCUUGCUGAAAACCAUGUCCGAGUAAGAAGAAUCUCCGAGGCACUGUCUUCCUUGAAAGAUGCUUUUUCAGCUGCAGCAUCAAAAAACUGGAGACCGAGGCCUGCAACCAUAUCUUCAAUUCUCCAGCAUUGCGAGCAAGCAAACGACGGGGCAAGUAAGGAGCUGUUAUUUGCGGUGCUGAAGCAAGUGGGCUGUCUUGACGACGAAAAGUACAUGUCUAUGUGUAACGGGAAGCAUACCGGAAAUGAAUUGGAAACAGACGAUAAUACUGACGAAGAGAGCGAAAGGGGAGCUGAACUGAUUUUCAGCCAAGUACAUUACACCAAAAAAUCUGGACCCCGAGGCAAAAUGCUGCUCCGGCUCGCCGCCACCGCCACCUCCAAACCCCCACUAUUCCGCCACCGCCAACACGGCCGUCUCUCUUCAUCCUUCUUCCACUCUCUUUCAUUCCCAUUUGGAUUUUCGAGCUCGACGCGACUCGAGCCUGUGACCCCCUCCAGUGGCCCCACUUCUGUUGCUAUCAUCUGCGCUUUUAGAUCAAAAUCCCGCCGCCAUGUCACAGCGAACUACGAGAAGAGGCCGAAGGCCUCGUGGCUUGCCGUUUACAGGCGAUUAUCUUCGAUGCCGGACCCGGAAAAUGGCGCGGCUAGCGUGUUGAACCAGUAUGAGUAUGAGGGCAAGAAGCUCCCCAAAUUUGUUCUUAUUCGUGUCAUUAAGGAAUUGCGCAAGUUCAAUCGUUACAAGCUGGCUCUUGAGGUGUAUGAGUGGCUGGAAAAUCGAAGGUUUUUGAUUACCACAAGUGAGAUUGCUAUUAAAUUAGAUCUAAUUUCCAAGGUUGAUGGGAUUUCUAGUGCUGAAAACUACUACCUGAAGUUGAGCAAUUCGUUGAAAGACUGGCGAGUGUAUGGUGCACUUUUGAAUGCCUACGCCAAUGUUAGCGAAAAGGAAAAGGCUGAAGCUUUGUUUGAUAAAAUGAGAGAACAAGGUUUGAUAAAAUAUGCGCUUCCAUGCAAUGUUAUGAUGACCCUUUACAUGAAACUCAAAGAGUACGACAAGGUGGAGGAAAUAGCAUCGGAAAUGAUGGAGAAAAAUGUCCCGCUAGACAUAUAUUCCUAUAAUAUCUGGAUAUCGGCGCUUGGAUAUCAAGGUUCGGUGGAAAAGAUGGAGCAAGCAUUUGAGCAGAUGAAGCUUGACACGAGCAUCACUCUUGGCUGGGCUAUUUUUAGUACAAUGGCUACAAUAUACAUUAAGGCGGGGCAGCUUGAAAAAGCUGAAUCUUGCUUGAAAGAGAUAGAGAGGAGAAUCCAAGGUCAGAGGCGUCUUCCUUACCAUUUUCUCAUUAGUCUUUAUGGUACUGUUGGUAAAAAGGAAGAAGUAUACCGGAUUUGGGAUGUUUACAAAUCAAGUUUUCUUAAUGUUCCUAGUAUGACUUACCGUGGUGUCAUUUCUUCCCUGGUGAGAUUGGGGGACAUUGAGGGUGCAGAAAAUAUUUACGAUGAAUGGCUGUCAAUAAACUCAGCAUUCGACCCCCGGGUAGGGAAUAUUCUGUUGGGAUGGUACGUGAGCAAUGGGCUCACAGAGAAAGCUGAGGUAUUCUUUAACCAAAUGAUUGCAACCGGAGGGCAGCCAAACUCGUGGACAUGGGGGAUUCUCGCUGAUCACCAUAUCAGAGCAAGAAGAAUCCCCGAGGCUUUGUCUUGCUUAAAGGAUGCUGUUUUGGAUGGAAAAUCAAAAUACUGGAGACCCAGGCCUGAAACCGUAUCUUCUAUUCUCCAGCAUUGCGAGCAAGAAAAUGACGGGGCUAGUAAGGAGCUAUUAUUCGAGGUGCUGAAGGAAGCGGGCUGUCUCACCGAUGCAAAGUACAUGUCUAUAUGUACUGGAAAUGAAUUGGAAGAGGAUGAUGAUAAUGAUGACGAAGAAACUAACGAGGGCGCUGAAUUGAUUUUCAACCAACUACAGGGAUGUGCAAAAUAGCUUCCACUUACCUUUAAUUUUCUGGAUAGUGCAGAGCUAUAUAUUACCUGCAGCUUAACAUGCUUGCCAAGAGUGAAAAAUCAGAUUUAAGAAAAAAUUGACUUGCCUUUCUCAGUAUUGACCUGCAGAAACAAUGUUUUUGCUUGCCUUGUAACAUAUCCCACCCAUAUUGCUCUUCUUGCCUACAAUGCUCACCAAGGAAUGAAAGCAUAUCUCAUUGUCUUUUACUGGGCAUUGGACCAUUGAAUGCUGUAGUGAGUUUACAUUGCUUAUAGAUAUGAUUCCACCAUUGUAAUGGAAAUUCAAAUACAAGGAAAUUUUGGCCUGUUUACU